AUGUUUAGAUCUACGAUACCCUCCUUUUGGGGACCAGCACAUUUGGCUUGUGGCGUGGAAGCAUCAUCACUGAGCGCAGUUAUGCCGUACGCUAAUCAGUCAGUUGUAACUGUUACGGGCUACACCACUCGCAAUCUUAAGUUCGUGGUUGAGGACACCGACUUGAGUGUUGCUAACGCUAUUCGACGUGUAUGCAUUGCCGAGGUUCCGAUCCUGGCGAUUGAUUGGGUCCAGAUUGAGGAGAAUAAUACAAUGCUUAAUGACGAGUUCAUUGCCCAACGCGUUGGUCUUAUCCCACUCACUUCGGAUGGCGUUGUAGAUCAAAUGGUAUACUCACGUGACUGCGUGUGCACUGACUUUUGUGAUCAGUGUUCCGUUCAAUUCAAUCUGGAUGUUAGCUGCACUGACGACGCACCUCGUCACGUGACUAGUGCUGACUUGCUUUCAUGCAACCCAGACGUAGAGCCAGUGAUGACGCGUGAUACGGAUGAUGCUGGAUAUGGUGAUCAGGAAGCCAUUCUUAUUGUAAAAAUGCGCAAGGGCCAGCGUCUCAAAUUACGCGCAUUCGCCAAGAAAGGUUUUGCCAAAGAGCACGCAAAGUGGAAUCCUACAGCUGGUGUAAGCUUUGAGUACGACCCAGACAACGCACUUCGGCAUACCUUUUUGCAGAAGCCGGAAGAGUGGCCCAAGUCAGAGCACUCUAUUCUCCCUCCUGAUCAGCAUCAAGCUCCAUAUGACCCUUUGCUGAAGGUGGGUUGCUCAUGCUAA